CGAAGCUCCCGCACGAACCGAAAAUAUGGGCAGGUCUGCCGGAUCAGCACCCGCAGCCGUGGUCAGCCCGCAGCGCACAAUGUCACCACCACCCCAUCAUCAGCGUCAUCAUGAGCAGCACCAGCAGCAGCUGCAGUUCGCCUCGUUCCGCUCGAGGGCCGCUGCCGCCCGCUCGCGCUUUCAGGAGGGCUCUAUGAACGAUCGCGUCAGCGCCGCGCCUCCUGCCGACUUCCUCGGCGACGACUACACGCCCUCGCCCUCGGGCACCGUCACCGCCGCCUCGUCCCUCAGCAGCCGCAGCUCCUGGGCCGGCCCGGCCACGGCCGCCUCGGACUGGGGCACCACGAACGUCCCUCCCGGCUCGUCGUGCAGCGCCGGCUCCAACCCCAACCGCCACUCGGCGCCGUCGUGCGAGCAGCAGCAGCAGCAGCAGCAGCAGCAGCAGCCAAAGCAGAAGUCGAGCGGCUUCUUCGCGCCACUGUGGGACGGCAUGCGCGAGCGCCUGCGCCUGACGCGCAGCAAGUCGUCCAUCAACGUCGUCAACCCAUCCCCCAAGGACGCCGCGCCUGCGUCACGACCGCCCGUCCCGCCCUUGCAGCAGACCCAGUCAUUCCCGCCCGCCGCCGCCGCCGCUACCCCCAGCGCCGCUCCACACGCUGCCUUCGCCGCCGCCGGCCCGCCGGGUGGCCCCCGGCCGACCAGGGAGGAGGUGCUGCAGAGCUACCAGCAGCUCAUGAAGUCGGGCUUCUUCGACUCGCACGCCAUCCAGUCUAGUAGACACGCCCCGCCGCCCGGAAUGACCAGCAGCAGGCCCUCGUCGAGGAACGCGCCGCCAAACCUCGCCCCGGUGACGGAGCACUCGCCCGCCCCGGGCCACCGCCGCAACGUGCUCUCCACGUCGGCCACCAGCGGGGGCUUCCCCAGGCCCAGGAAGCGCAGCGGCGGCUUCGUGGCUGCGGUCUCGAGGGGCUACUUCUCUGAGUGCGAGGAUGACGACGAGGACAUGGUGGACCGCGACGCCGAGCCCCGCAGGCCGUCGACGUCGUACGGCCGGCGGCGCGGCGAUUCCCUGUCGCGCGGCACCAAGCGGCACCGCGCCGACGCCGAGUCCAUGACGAGCAGCACCACGGCCAGCGACAACCCAGCGCGCCGCCUGGUCAAGAAGCUGCGCAAGUCGACGUCGCGCCUGUCCAACCGCCGCAACAGCGACGCCGCCGCCGACGCCGUGGCGGCCGUGGCGGCCGCCCUGCGCUCCUCGAGCAACGUCAACGCCGGCCAGUCGUCGCCCCGCAAGAGCGGCGGUAACGGGGGCAGCGGUGGCGGCGGCGGCCCGCCGCUCUCGCACCGGAACAACAACUGCCUCUACCAGCAGGUCGAGCCCGUCGUCCACAGGAAGCUCACCAAGACGCCGUCCAAGAAGGACCUCCAGGACCUCGAGAGGCAGUCGUCGCGCGAGUCGGGCAGCUUGCGCCGUCGCGGCGGCGGUGGUGCUCCUCCUUCCGCUCAUGCCACCGGCGUCUCGAACCGUCCUGGAAGCAGCUAUGGCGGCCACGGCACGGCGACGGGCCUCGCGCCUCCGCCUAUCGGCCACAUGCUCCGCGGGGCGUCGGCGCCGCCGCGCACCAGGGACAACGCCGCCGCCGCCAAACGCAGCGUGGCGUCGCCCCCGCCGCUGCCCGCGCCCUCGUCGCCGCAGAAGCAGUCCUCCCACCACAGCCACGGCCACGGCCACCACCACAACCGCUCCCACCACAGCUCGGCCUCGGCCUCCCCAACCCGCACGGCGCCCGCGAGCCCCGUCAAGGACACGACGUCGGUGCGCGCCGUCGCGGCGCCGAGCUUCCACUACCCGCAGCGCGUGCGCCGCCCGGGCAUCCAGCACCAACACCACCAGUCGGCCGGCGGCGGCGGCGGCGGCGGCCCGCUGGCGUCGCUGUCGCCCGAGGACCGCCGCGCCAACCGCGCGCCGUCGCACGUCGUCGUCGCCCACGUCCCCAUCGACUUGAAGACGGGCGUCAACGACGUCAUCAUGGUCGGCUCGGUCGACGGCAUCGAGAACCGACGGGGUGGCUGGGCUUGAUUUUUUUUUUCUCGCCCUCUUCUUUUCUCGUUGAACAUAUGCUUGCACCAAAUACAGCCAAAGAAUCGCCUCUAGUGGGGUCGGCCUCUUUUCGCUGGAAGAAUGAAGAAACCGGAUUGCACAAGUGUCUCUCCUCCUUUUUUGGCGCCGAGAUUUUCAAGACUUUAUGCUGUCUUUCUUUGUUCAUGCUCAUCUUGGCGCAACGGCUUUUAAAAACGAUGUCUGACGGAUUUAUUUAUGGGAGGUGGCCUCAUUUGUACAACACAAACUAAUAUUCGCCAUCAUGAACGCUCCGAGGUGGACCGGCAACGGUCUGCUCUGACGAGUAUGACGAUCAUGACCAUUCUGUUGGUUUUUUUUUUUUUUUGCUUUUUCCGUUCUAGAUCUGGAUUUUUACUUCUCCUUCUCGUCAUUCUUUACAUCUGCAUGUUAAUCGGUGGCGGAACGUGUUUCCAGGUGUUUUGUCUUUUUUCCGCUUCGGUGGCACACUCGCUUGUCGGGGGGGCUACGGCCUUCUUUCCUUUAUCUCCUUUGCGCUGUUCUCCUCCCUUGUCACGCGGGUGGUCUUUGUACCAUGCAACUUUUUUGGUAGCUGUUGGUUUGUUGUCUUUUGGCUUUCCGAUACACCGUACAAAAAAAUGCAUCCCGUCACGACUAUGACGCUACGAUUUUUAACAUAGACGAAGGCUUCGGCCGUUUGCUCUAAUAUACUGCCUGAACCCCUGA